AUGCUUGUUUCAAUUCGUGGAGCUGUCCUCAAAGCUGCACUCAAAAACUGGAAGACAAAAAUAGUGAGUAAACAGCUCACGAAAAAGAAAACAAUGUUUGAUGUUUACAGUUUCGUGAGCUGUUUACUCACUAUUUUUGUCUUCCAGUUUUUGAGUGCAGCUUUGAGGACAGCUCCACGAAUUGCUCCUCAGUUUGGCCUGAUCCAGAUGCAGAGGUACAUCACAGUGUCAGACAAACAUCCGUUGAAGAACACUGGCCAAACUCGUGAGUUCUCGCGUAGUAAGCCCCCGCAAAAGCCAAGAACAUGGCUCAACGAUAACGCGGUAGAUCUCGGGAAAACGUUUAGGGCUGCGUAUGUUAACGUAGCUGGAUGUACCACAUGUCUUCCGGAUGAAAACACGUCGCCGGAGCUUCUCUUUUCUUCCUUCGCCGUCGAUCGAAAGAACCACAUGUCUCACCGUCGGGAUGAGAACACCAAAUACAUCCCCAAGAGGCCGCAGCAGCACAAGUUCAUUCCAAAACCCUUGAAUCCAACUUCUUCGAUGAUGGAGGUUUGGAUCCAGGGGAGUCUCAAGGAGUGGUGGAUCUUCUUAAUACAAACCCUAGAGAGUUUUGGAGAGAAGGUCCAUGGACUACGAUUUCGUUAG